AGAUGCUCAAGUACAAAUCUUUCUCCUCUGCCCUUGGCAGUCUGGAAAUUCCUCAAGUGGUGCAGAGGGAGCUGAAGGUAUAUGAAGAUCCGAAAAUGAACAAAAUGUCUAAAAUGAGAUCUCAGAGUGCUGAAAUGUUUGAACGAGACAAUAUCGAGGAACCCCUUUCAGGGAAUAUUGCAGAAAUUAACCAUGAACUCCUCGGAUUUAGGCAUACAGAUUUGGUCGAAGGUCAAAAUUUUUACCACAAACUUCAUAGGAAAAAUUCUAUUUCUAAGGAGGAUAUUUAUAACCCAAAAUCCCCAUUCGAUAAAGCUCCGGCACUUCAAAAGUCUCAUACUGUAAGUCAAAACAGUUUCCCAGAAGUGUCAAAAAGGGCUACUGAGGGGAAAGAAGAAAGGAACCCAAGAAUUUCAAUUGAAAGAUUGUCCGAUAAACUGACUUCUCCAAAGAAAGAUUCCUCUAUUCAAACAAAACGUCUUAGUGUGAAUAGUGAUCUAUCUUCCACACUGACAGAAAAGCGUAUUUCUAAGCUCAUGUUCGAGCGUAAUGCAUAUGAAACAGAUGUCGAGAAAGAAAUUGAUCUACUACAAUCAAUGACUUGCAGAAAUAAAGAUGACAAAAUUAAUAAAUCUAACAAUUUUCCUGAUAGGAAAUCCUUAGAUUCCAAACCAUUUUUAAACAGGGAUAUGUCUAAAAAUUCAUGAGUUUUAGAGCCUGUUAUUGAAGAUGAGAAUUCCCAAAUGUUCCCAUCUGAGAAGGUAAUUCCUGAGCCUGAGGAAGAAGAGAGCACUAUAAAUGGAACCUCCACUAAAGAUGUUAAUAUAAACAUCAACACUAAGAUGGGGGAUGGAUGUAAUAUAAACGUUUCAAAUUAUGUAUUCCAUAAGAACAACUAUGGUCGUGCGCCAAAAGAAUGAAUCCCUAUUUCAAAGCCAGGAUCUACUUUCACAGUCAAUUCACUUCAAGAGUUCCUUGAUGUAUUUGAAUGAAAAAUCACCAAAGAAUCAGAUGAAAGCAUAGAGAUCAUGCAUUAUAGCUCAGGAAGUCAAAUCAUCGCUAAAGGAUUUCUCACCGAAGCAUUUGGGUAUAAAAGACAUAUAAAACUUCCUAAUAUUAGCCACACGAGCAAAUCUUCCAGUGUUGCAAGCUGAUCUGGCAGUGAGAGAAGGAAUACUCCUCGUAAGAAAAGUCAGUUUAAGAAAUCUAAGAAACCUAGAGCCAAGAAGGAAGAAUCAAAGGGGAAAUCUAGUCCAAAGAAAAUCUCUCCGAAAAAGAAAAAGUUAAGCCCAAAAAAGGCUCCUGGGAAAGUUUCACCUAAAAAGAUGGUGCCUCGGAAAUAAGAGUAAUAAUAAUCUUGAAGAGAUCAUUAAUGGGCUGGGACUGUCCUCCGAUGAUGAAUUCUUGGAUGAUCUUAAUGAACUCCAAACAGUUUCUAAUGAGUCUACACCAAAAGAGCUCACUCAUCGGAAUACAACUGGUUCGAAAGACUUGAAGACUAUUCAAAAGAUCUCUCUUCCUGAGAAGCCUGUCUUUAAGAACUCUAUUAGUGAAGGGAUUCCCCUCUUCCAGAAGUUUUCAAAAGUAUCAAGCAUGAAGAGGGGUAGAGUGAAGCUAUAUGAUGCUCAACAAGAGAUUGAAAAUCUGCAACAAGAGCUUAGGCUAAGAGAUUCUGAGAUCCAGAGACUUACCAUCACCAAACAAUACUCUUCAGAUAUGCCUCGGUGUAGUUUCCACCUUGCUUUUAUGUUCGCAUCCCCUCUAGUUAGGAAAGUAAAGAACAAGCUAGAAAAUAUAAUGCAGUUGGAUUACAGAAAUGAGAUCACUGGUAUUGAGAAAGCUCUUUCUGAGGUUCAGCACGAAAUUAAGUACAAAAUCAAUGUAGCCACGAUUAGCAACUUCAGGAGCAUCAUUGCUGAUGCUCCUUUUGCUUUGCAUUUCACUGGUCAUGGAGUCCCUAAUAACAGGCAAUCUCUAGGGGAAUCCUAUAACUUCUACAAAGACAAGGGAAAUAUCUUACUGUUAGAAGAUGAAAAAGGAAUGGCUGAUUAUCUCUUUGAGAAUGACCUCAAGAGGUUAGUCAAAAUCAGUAAGGCAAAUAGAGCAAACACUCACAACUAUGAGGUUGUCUUUGUAUCUUCCUGCCAUUCUGAGUUCGCUGGAAAAAUUUUCCAGGCAUCUGGAGCUAACCACGUGAUCUGUAUACUAAAGAGUGAACAAAUAUCUGAUAAAGCCUCUCUAAGAUUUUCAAAAGUGUUCUACGAGUCAUUAUUCAUGAAGAAAUACUCAGUCUGUGAAGCUUUUAAGCUAGCAAAAGAAGACAUUAGGACUCUUUUUAAUGCUACAGAAGCUGCGAAAUACAUCCUACUGCUAAAUGAAAAAGUAAAAGUCGGCAAGAAAUUUACUCACAAAUGUUUCCCAAUUUCUGAGUUUAAUCAAGGAUGCCUGCAGAAGAUAGAGUCACCACCUUUCUUUGACAUUAUUCCUUCUCUAGAUCAUAAGUUUAGAGGAAGGCAGCAUGAAAUUUGUGAAAUCUUGACGCUACUGAAUGAGAACAGGCUGAUCAAUAUUCUUGGUCCACCAGGAAUCGGAAAAACAGCAAUUGCAAGGAACAUAUGUCACCAUUUGAGAGACAGAAAAGUUUUCGCGGAUGGAAUACUUCAUGUUGGCCUCAGAGGAUGAGAAUCCAGCCAAAUGUUUUUGACUAGACUUAGCUUAUCAAUCAUCUCCUCAGCUGGUGAGCAAGGAGCAGAGCUUGAAGGACUCCAGAGACAGACAAGUAUCAAUGAGAGAUCGGAGUCUGAAGGAAGUUAUUCGACCAAAGAAGAUGAGAGGAAAAUGAUCCAGUUCAUGAUUAAUUUGCUUAGGAAUAAAGAAAUGCUACUUGUAUUGGAUAACUGUGAAGAUCCCUUGGCAGAUGACUGUGUACAGUUUGUUUCUCAGAUUGAUAAUAUCCUCAGUGAAUGUCCUAAAAUGAAGAUGCUUUUGACUUCAAGGAAAUAUAUAAACAAACUCGAGCAUAAUAUUGAAGUUCCUUAUCAUUUAAAUGCUCUAAGUCCUCAAACUUCAAUUAAAUUGCUGCUUGAAAAGGUACAGAGAAAAAUAAGUAACCAAGAAAUUCAGGAACUUCUCCACUAUAAAAUCCCUGAUGAUCAUCCAGUGCAUCAGCAUUUUCCGAUAAUUGACAUCAGUACUACCACAUUAUCCAAUCAUCCAUUCACAAUGUUGCUUGGAGGGCAUCCUCAAGCUAUAGCAUUAGCUGCUCCAAUGCUAGAACAUGAAACUCUUCUGGAGUUGUUCAAACAACUUCUGGAUACUAAUGUAAUGGAUGCACUAGAUUACCAAGAACAACAAUCAUUUGCCUCACUAAGAAUGUCUCUAGAAAUCUCCAUCAAUAGUUUAAAAGAGACUGGUCCAGAAGCACUAGAUCUUUUCAAAAUGAUUGGUCUACUCCCUGCAGGAAUUGCUCAAUCAGAUUUAGAUGAACUCUGGGGUGAUAAGAAUUGGGCUACUCUAAAGUACCAGCUCAUUCGGGCAUCAAUGAUAAUCUUCAACCAGUCAGAGAACAUCUUGACAAUGUUACCUUUCAUGAACACCAGAGCUAUAGAGCUCUUAGAACAAGAGGAGUCCAAAAAGAAUGAAUAUCACUUAAAAUGAUGUACAUUCUACAUGAAUUUCCUAAAACAAUUCCUUGAGAAGAUAAACAUGAAUGAUUUUCGCUUGAACGACCUUGUCAAGAUCGAGGCUAACAUCUGGGCAUGAAUCUACAGAGGGAUUAAUCGUAAGAAGGACAAUGAUGAGUAUGACCUGGAGAACCCUGUGUUCUCUCCUCAUGACUUCAGGCGGAGUCAGACAAUUGAGAAGUUUGACAAUAAAUUACAACUUCUUGCUAGCAGUCCUUGUCAAGAAGUUGAACAGAUCAGCCCUGUUCAUGAUGGAGAUGAUGUUAUCCAUGAACAUGAUGAGGAACUUUACAGCGACUCUAGUGACGACCUACAGAGAUGAACUCCUCUUAAUAAAGACAACCCUCUGAUUGUAAUCAAACCCGUUAAGAAAAUAUCAAGCAAAAAGAAGGAUCGAAGGAUGUCAUAUAGAAUCCCCCAGUUUUCAAAAAUAAAGUUUAAUGAUUCUGAGUCUGAGGAAUUUAGUGAUGAUUCAAGCUCAGAUUCUGUAGAAAUCUUGGAGUUAAAGAAAGAUCAACCUAAAAGAACCCAAUCAUGAUUUUCUAAAGCUCCUAAUCAACUGGCUGAAGCUUUAAUGAAGAAGAAGACAUUAAAUAAAGACAUUUUAGAAGGUUUGAGUGUCUUUUCUCAUGAAGAAAUGCUUGUCAUGUAUUAUGUCUCUAUCGGAAUCAGACUCUGUAAGCUCUCUGAUUGUCGAAAAGCUAUCAAGGAAUAUAGUAAGAAAGAAAAUCUUAGCUACAAAGCUAGAGGGCAUUUAUAUCAGUUUCAAGGACUAAUAGCUUUAAUGAACUCUAAAGCUGAUAAAGAAGAGGUAGAAAAUAAUUUCAAAAGUGCUAUUGUUCAAUAUGAAAAUGCCAAGUGUCUUAAAGGCAUAGCUAUCUGCAAACUUGGGUUGCUCAAGACAAAAAUGGAGUUUAAUCAUAUGACUAGCCCUCCUAAAAGAUCUCCUACCUCUAAAAGAACAAAUCGUCUUGCCGCAAUCAAUGAGAUUAAAGAGCUUAGACAGGAACUUGAGGUUCUAGAAUUCACUCUUGGUCUUGAAAGAUUAGACAAAAUUGAAGAGGGUCUAAACCCAAAAGAAUCUAAUCUAAAAUGCUCAUCAAAGAAAUUCAUGAGAUUCAAAACUCUCAACAGAAAAUACAUUUCUGAGCUCUCCCAAGAAGACCAUCAUUUUGAUCAAAAUAUGUUGUUUAACGAGGACAUUAUCCUAUUCACCACAGUGAUAGAGAAAGAUCCAAAGGUAAAGAAAAUAAAAAUCUCAAAAUCUGGCAAGAAGUUCAUUAUUCCAAAUGACGAAGUAAGGAAAUACCUUCAAUCUGUACAGCCGGUGAUCUCUAUCUCCAUCAUCCCUGAAGAGAAUGAGAUUGUAUUGAACUCUAACUCCUUCGAUGCAAAUAGAGUAUCUCCUCUUCUCUCCAAUGUCAGCCUUGAAGUCCCCAGUGAUACUCCUGAAUGCGUAUAUGGUGGCCAAAGGUCUCCAGAUCCAUCACUAAAGGAGCUUCAAGGAUGAAAGAGACUCCAAAAGCAAAAGAAGAACCUUAAGAGGUUUGGGUAUAUGCACCUCUCACAGUCCCACAACAAUCUAUAAAGUUUUAUUAAUGUAUAAAUUUAUGUCAUAAUUUUCUGAUCCA